AUGGGUUGUAAAACUGAUAGGGAACAAACUUCACUGCACAAAGCUCUAUGUCAAGAAAUGGGUUGUGAAACUGAUAGGGAACAAACUUCACUGCACAAAGCUCUCUGUCAAGAAAUGGGUUGUGAAACUGAUAGGGAACAAACUUCACUGCACAAAGCUCUUUGUCAAGAAAUGGGUUGUGAAACUGAUAGGGAACAAACUUCACUGCACAAAGCUCUAUGUCAAGAAAUGGGUUGUGAAACUGAUAGGGAACAAACUUCACUGCACAAAGCUCUAUGUCAAGAAAUGGGUUGUGAAACUGAUAGGGAACAAACUUCACUGCACAAAGCUCUAUGUCAAGAAAUGGGUCGUGAAACUGAUAGGGAACAAACUUCACUGCACAAAGCUCUAUGUGAAGAAAUGGGUCGUGAAACUGAUAGGGAACAAACUUCACUGCACAAAGCUCUAUGUGAAGAAAUGGGUCGUGAAACUGAUAGGGAACAAACUUCACUGCACAAAGCUCUCUGUCAAGAAAUGGGUCGUGAAACUGAUAGGGAACAAACUUCACUGCACAAAGCUCUAUGUCAAGAAAUGGGUUGUGAAACUGAUAGGGAACAAACUUCACUGCACAAAGCUCUCUGUCAAGAAAUGGGUUGUAAAACUGAUAGGGAACAAACUUCACUGCACAAAGCUCUAUGUCAAGAAAUGGGUUGUGAAACUAAUAGGGAACAAACUUCACUGCACAAAGCUCUAUGUCAAGAAAUGGGUCGUGAAACUGAUAGGGGACAAACUUCACUGCACAAAGCUCUCUGUCAAGAAAUGGGUCGUGAAACUGAUAGGGAACAAACUUCACUGCACAAAGCUCUCUGUCAAGAAAUGGGUCGUGAAACUGAUAGGGAACAAACUUCACUGCACAAAGCUCUCUGUCAAGAAAUGGGUCGUGAAACUGAUAGGGAACAAACUUCACUGCACAAAGCUCUAUGUCAAGAAAUGGGUCGUGAAACUGAUAGGGAACAAACUUCACUGCACAAAGCUCUAUGUGAAGAAAUGGGUCGUGAAACUGAUAGGGAACAAACUUCACUGCACAAAGCUCUAUGUGAAGAAAUGGGUUGUGAAACUGAUAGGGAACAAACUUCACUGCACAAAGCUCUCUGUCAAGAAAUGGGUCGUGAAACUGAUAGGGAACAAACUUCACUGCACAAAGCUCUAUGUCAAGAAAUGGAUUGUGAAACUGAUAGGGAACAAACUUCACUGCACAAAGCUCUCUGUCAAGAAAUGGGUUGUAAAACUGAUAGGGAACAAACUUCACUGCACAAAGCUCUAUGUCAAGAAAUGGGUUGUGAAACUAAUAGGGAACAAACUUCACUGCACAAAGCUCUAUGUCAAGAAAUGGGUCGUGAAACUGAUAGGGGACAAACUUCACUGCACAAAGCUCUCUGUCAAGAAAUGGGUCGUGAAACUGAUAGGGAACAAACUUCACUGCACAAAGCUCUAUGUCAAGAAAUGGGUUGUGAAACUGAUAGGGAACAAACUUCACUGCACAAAGCUCUAUGUCAAGAAAUGGGUUGUGAAACUGAUAGGGAACAAACUUCAUGCACAAAGCUCGAUGUCAAGAAAUGGGUUGUGAAACUGAUAGGGAACAAACUUCACUGCACAAAGCUCUAUGUCAAGAAAUGGGUCGUGAAACUGAUAGGGAACAAACUUCACUGCACAAAGCUCUCUGUCAAGAAUGGGUUGUAA